AUGAAACGACUAAAUGAGAAUAUCCCAGUUUGCAGAAGCAAAAGAAUUGUCACAGUUUCUUCAAAAUCGAUUGUAGAUUAUUCAGAUAGUAGUAAUUAUGAAGGUUUAUACAUUCUGUUAGACACACCUGAGUUGUUGUCAAAGUCUGCUUCGUCAUUUAACCUUGAAGACACAAAAGCUUUGAAUGUGAAAUUUGCUGGCUCAGGAAAUCAAAACAGAGUGAUUCCUGGUCUUGAUACAGAAAUUCCUGCCAAGUUACUUCUUCCCAACAUCUCAGAAAUGGAUUUUGGAAUUAAUGUAAAUAGGAUUAAGGAUCUCAAACUGUCUAAUGAUGCCAAAUCCUUCUUCUAUCAAAUGUCAAAAAUGGUAAAAAAUGAAGGUGUUGUCAUAGGCACCUCUGAGGCAAAAACUGAUACUGUUGUUACAACAAUUUUGCAUAGUCUGGCAAUAGUAUGGCCACUUAACCUCUUUCAACACCCUUUACUUUUUUUUAACAUUAAUGAACAUAAAGUCAAAGCUGAUCCAGAAUUCACUAUCAAAUCACUUGAUAUUAAUAUUAUCAUUGUAGAACACUUAAAGAAUAUAUCAGUUGACAAUGGUUGUGGUGAACCACAGAUUGCUGCAGAACUUUUGGCAGCUGCAUAUGAAAACCGUCAAAGGAAUGUUCUGGGAGAUCAAGUGCUUUUUGCAGUUCGGUUCAUUUGUUCUUAUGUAACAUUUUAUUGCUUUGAAGUCAGUAAUAAUUACUUUAGAGAAUUGGCUAUUGGUUUGCCAGUUAAUGAACAUAUUGUCAUGACACGCUGGCCAGUGCAAAAUACUAAGACUUCAGGUAUUGACCUAAAAACUGCUGAUGGACGUCAUCAAGUACUUCGUUGUCUUAUUGCAUUAUGUAAUCAUGCCAAGAAUCAUAGU